GGCACCACCAAAGGCGGCUCACCACGAGCCCGUGUCGCAGCCUAUAAAGUGUGUUGGCCACCUUUCCAUGGGGCAGAAUGCUUUGAUGCUGAUAUUCUUGCUGCAUUUGACAUGGCAAUUCAUGACGGUGUUGAUGCGCUCUCACUUUCCCUUGGAGGUUAUGCAACAGAUUAUUUCAAUGAUGGCCUUGCAAUCGGGUCAUUUCAUGCAAUUCAGAAGGGGAUUUCUGUAAUUUGUUCAGCUGGAAACUCUGGCCCGACACCGGCCUCAGUGUCAAACACAGCCCCUUGGAUCCUCACUGUCGGAGCAAGCACCAUGGAUAGAGAAUUUCCUGCUUAUGUUUCAUUCAGUGACAAUCAAAUCAAAGGACAAAGUCUUUCUUCACUGGGUCUUACACACGAACAAUAUGCCAUGAUCAGCUCAAUAGAAGCAAAGGCAGCAAAUUCAUCGGCUCAUGACGCGCAAUUAUGCUACUUGAAUUCUCUAGACCCUGAGAAAGUGAAAGGCAAGAUAGUUGUUUGUCUCCGUGGAAUCAAUCCCAGAGUGGAGAAAGGUGAAGCAGUUCAUCUCGCAGGUGGCGCCGGCAUGGUCCUUGCAAAUGAUAAAAGCGCUGGAGAUGAGAUCAUCGCCGAUGCUCAUGUCCUCCCUGCCACCCACAUUUCCUACUCUGAUGGUGUUUACUUAUUCACCUACCUCAAUUCAACCAAGUCACCCUUGGGAUAUAUUACACUACCUAAAACAAAGAUCGACACGAGUCCAGCUCCUGUCAUGGCUGCAUUCUCGUCCCAAGGACCAAACAGUGUCAACCCGGAGAUCCUCAAGCCUGAUAUCACUGCACCAGGAGUCAGCAUCCUUGCUGCCUAUAGUACGGCAUCAAGUCCGACCGGGCUCAGUUUUGAUGCUCGCCGGACUCCUUUCAAUGUCGAAUCAGGCACUUCCAUGUCUUGCCCUCAUAUAUCCGGUGUUGUCGGGCUACUCACAACUCUUCACCCUACAUGGAGCCCAGCUAUGAUCAAGUCAGCAAUCAUGACAACCGCUAGAAUUCGGGACAACAAGGAGAAGGUAAUCAAGAACUCAUCAAUGUAUGAUGCCACUCCAUUCAAUUAUGGUGCAGGACAUGUGAUGCCUAACCAUGCAAUGGAUCCUGGUUUGGUUUAUGAUAUCACUCCUAGUGACUACUUGGACUUCUUGUGUGCACUUGGCUAUAACUCAACAAGAAUGAGAGCAUUCAGCAAUGAGUCACAUUCAUGUCCUUUGAAGCCAAUGGAGCUUGAGAAUUUGAACUAUCCAUCCAUUUCCAUCCCUAAUCUCUUUGGUUCGAAGACGGUAACCCGAACGGUGACAAAUGUAGGGCCACCGGGCAAGUACAUUGCCUUCGUCUACGCUCCGAGAGGUGUAUCAGUGACGGUAAAACCUGCAGUCCUUGAUUUCGAAAAAUUCGGUGAGCUGAAGAAGUUUAAGGUUACAAUGAAAGUCAUCCAAGAAGAAGUUCAAUAUGAUACUUAUGUGUUUGGAAGGCUUAUAUGGUCUGAUGACAAGCAUCAUGUAAGGAGUCCUUUGGUGGUAAAGGCCAAAUAUUGAUGUUAUUUUGUACCAAAUAAGCUUACCGAACUGAUUAUAUGAAUGAUUAUUAAUGCUUAACUAUAUUC